GGAAGUAUGGCGUCGUUGUUCGAAUGUGUUGAGGUGUGAUGACAAUUAAUUCGAAGUAGGGAUAUUGCUUAUCGUGAAGACCAGUUUGAACAUCGAUCAAUAUGCCGCACUUUUCUUAGUUAUUCAUGAUGUUGCGAAAACGACCGAGGAGAAGGGAAUGGACGAUGGAAAAUCCAAUGAGUGCGCGACUGAGGGAAGCUGUUGCUAGUGGCAAUGUGAAACUAGUGCGGGAUCUCAUCAAAGAUGGUGCCUCCGCUAAUCAAAUGGACGCGAAUGGUUGGACUUUAUUGCAUUUAGCGGCCAGCAGAGGGAAAGAACGUGCCCUCAGAGUACUCCUCGAGAAAGGAGGGGACGCAUUUGCGCGUGAUUUUGUUGGAGGUUUCACUGCGUUACAUUACGCAGCGAUGCACGGGCGAACAAGAAUCGCUAAAUUGUUGUUAGAUUUCAAAGGAUUAGACAAAGAAAAGCUUGUCGAUGCAAGAAGCGAAGAUGGCUGGACACCUCUUCACGUCGCUGCACACUACGGUAGGGACUCAUUUGUCGAACUUCUUCUAGAAUCGAAAGGUUACGUCGACGCCUUGAGCGACAAAGGCACAACGGCGCUUCAACUAGCCAUCAUUCGUGAAAGAACAAGUUCGAUUCGGGUUUUAUUAAACUGGGGAGCUAACAUCGACGUUCAGUUCGGCUUCCCCCUCCGUUAUGCCGUUAUAAAAGGUAAUGUUAAUUGUGUUCGAAUGCUGGUUGAGCAUGGUGCACUCACAAGUAUCAAAAGGCCCGAGGAUGGCCAAACUCCUCUUCACUUAGCAGCGCUAAGAAACAGCGAACCCUUGGCACGCUUGCUGUAUAAGUUUGGAGCAGAUACAAAUGUUUUCAACGAUGAAGGACUUACACCUUUGGCGAUAGCAAGAAUGAUGUACAAUGUAAACACUGCAGACAAAGCCUGUUUGGAUUUUCUUAUCAGUGUAUCAAAAAAUCCAAGGAGUUUACAAGAUUCUUGCCGUUUUGUUAUUCGAGAGGCCCUAGGUGCCAAACGCCUUGAAGAUAUAGCAAAGCUACCAGUAUCAAAUAUAAUGAAGGAAUUUCUUCUCUACAAGUAUGACUAAUUUGGAAACCUCAAAGAGCUACAUGUACUCUGUAACUUUAAAAAAAAUGGCCUGAAAGUGUACAUAGCCCUUGCCUCAUACCCCUUGUGAACGGAGUCUGUUUCACAUAGGGGCUUGUGUCAGGGGACAAAAAGACAACUAGAACUUUAGGAUAAAAUUUUAAUCUGUUAUCAACCCUAGCACUGUUUGGAAGAGGAGCACUAGAUUUGCACUUUUUUAACACAACAUUUGAAAAGCUAAGGAAACAUACAUAUACAUGUGUAGAUCCAUGUACAUGUAUAUUUUAGAUACCAACUGAACAUGUAAAAACCGAGCAAUCACAGUUUAAUUUGAUUGCAUAAUGCAGUACUUGGCAAAUGUUUUCUCUUGUCACACAUUUGUGAUUUCACUUGGCAGCCAUGACUGCAACAAUACAAGCUUUUUCUUUUCAAAAUUAAUAUCAGUGCUGUGAGGUUAUGUAGCAAAAAAUUGGAAGUGAUAAUAAUUAUUAUUUUGCAAGAAUCUGCUUAGUUCGUAGUGUGUGCUCUUGUUGCAAAAUAUAGGUUAACAAAAAUCUUUUUGUAUGUCAGGUUUGCAAUUUAGAUAUAAGUGGGGAAAGUAGCAUUAAAUGUAAUCUUGGGAAUCUGAUGUGAAAAUAAUUUGUGCGAGACGUUUUACAGGCCCCAUUUUGGGGAUAAAUGUACAUGCAACUGCACUUUCAUAAUUUUUUGUUCCUUUGUUUAGAAGCCUGAUUCAAUGUUUAACA